AUGGGAAAGCUUCGCUCAAAAGAUGGAUGCCUAACUUGCCGGAAGAGGCAUGUCAAAUGUGACCAAGUCAAGCCGAUCUGUUCGCAGUGCCAGAAAAAGAACCGGCCAUGCCUUCGAGAAGAUCCAUCCAAGAGCAUCAGGAUCAAGCCUUAUCAACUACGAAAGGCUAAGAAAGACCCCAAGGAUGCUCCUGGCCAUGACCAUGAUGAAAUAUCUCACCUUCCGGAACACGGAACUGCAGACGUAGUGAUUGCUAAUGCAACCAGCCCUGAACAAAUAACUAAUCCAAUCUAUGCGGAAUUCUGUACCAAUGCUUCGGUGACAUCACCAUACAACACACAAGGAUCUACUAUCCUUCCGAAACUCACCACCGACUCUGUUCCUGCGCCUCUGAUGGCCUCUCCAGUCAACGAUACCACUACCUCACCAUACUUCAGCGUGAUUGGAAUCCCGAGCUCCCACCAGCUCCGACGGGACUCUUUAAGUCCAUGGUCUCCGGCUUCGCCCACAGGUGCAAUACAUGCAGGGUCUCCACUGACCUACAGAGAAGCUUACCUUGUGCAUCACUUUGCAACGCACCUCGGGUAUUGGCUCGACUGCACCGAUGCUUCCCGCCAGUUUACCCGGAAAAUCCCCAUUCUGGUCAAGCAAUCGCCGAUCCUGCUGCAUGCCGUACUUUCCUAUUCGGCCCGGCACGUCGGGGAUGCCGAAAUGGCCGAGCAGGCGCAUGAGCGUUGCGUAGAAUUAUUGAUUCCCUCCCUGAGCUCGGAAACGGUGGCCAACGAUGAUAUUCUGCUGUGUGCAAUUGUCAUCCUGCGGGUGUUUGAACAGUUGAAUGUCAUGGUAACCGGGAGCGAUCAGGAGCGUCAUUUAGCCGGCUGCUUGGCUCUGCUCCGGGCGUCGCAAGGACGGGAGGUGGAUCCAUCGGCCCCGAGGUUGCGGCAGGCGGCUUUCUGGGUGUACAUGCGUCAGUGCCUCUACAAUGCCUGUGUACAUCAGCAGGCUCCUAAUGUGGAUUUGAACUUGGUUCUCAUCCCUCCCCCGGCGGAGGUGACCCUCUGA